CUCGGGGAGGUAGAAGCGGCGGUGGCCGCGAGAGCAGCGAUGGCGGAAUUCGACGCGUACGACGACCGGGCCUACAGCAGCUUUGGCGGCGGCCGCGGGUCCCGUGGAGGUUCUGGCCUCAGCUCACGUAAGCAGAAGGAGCUGCCUACAGAACCCCCCUUCACGGCCUACAUCGGCAACCUCCCAUUCAACACGGUCCAAGGAGACAUUGACGCCAUCUUCAAAGAACUUAACAUCAGGAGCGUGCGCCUAGUCAGAGACAAAGAGACAGAUAAAUUUAAAGGAUUUUGUUAUGUAGAAUUUGAUGAAGUUGAGUCACUUAAAGAAGCUCUGACAUACGAUGGAGCGAUUUUUGGUGACCGGUCGCUCCGAGUGGAUAUAGCUGAGGGCAGGAAACAAGACAAAGGCGGCUUUGGUUUCAGAAAAGGUGGCGGCCCAGAAGACAGAGGCAUGGGCGGAGGUCCGCGGGAAUCGCGAGGAGGUGGCUGGGAUUCCAGAGAUGACUUCGGUUCUGCAGGCUUCAGAGAUGACGACUUUCUGGGGGGCAGAGGGAGAACACGUCCCGGAGAUCGGCGAGGAGGCGGUGGUCCACCCAUGGGGGGCACCGGGCGCUUCAGGGAUGGCCCUCCCAUGCGUGGGUCUUCCAUGGAUUUCAGAGAACCGACGGAAGAGGAAAGAGCCCAGCGGCCCCGACUCCAGCUGAAGCCCCGGACAGUCGCCACGCCUCUCAACCAAGUAGCCAACCCCAAUUCUGCUAUCUUUGGUGGAGCCAAGCCGCGGGAGGAAGCCGUCAAGGCGGAGCAGGAUUGAGCUGGAGGGGCAAGAGGGUGGGGACGGGAUCGAGGGCGGGACUGGGUGGGCUUGGGAGGAAAGGCAAGGCAGCCUGGAGCGUCUAACUGUGCUAAGCCCGUUAACCCUGCGGCCACCAUUCCUGACCAUCUAACACUUGUCCUCCUUGAAACAGAAACGGAAGAAAACAACGACGACAAACCAGAGCUUGUGAAUGCAUGUCAACUGUUAACAAGUGGUUUUUAGUACGUUCUUGGCUUUGCUGUAUCUAGUGCCUGCGUUGUCUUCAGCUUCUCCCUCGGUUUCCCCCCACAUCUCAAUCCUGGCACGGGGCUUCUGGCCGGCCGAGUGCUGCGCUCUUCCACAGAUGUGGACCUGUCUAAACAGGGGUGCUGCUCCACCUUGUUCUUUCUCUCUGGCCCUUUCCUUUCUAGACACGUCAGGCACGGCUUCAGCCUUGCCUCAUCUUGCCCCUUCCCGCCUUCCAUGGUGCGUCCGCACCUGCUGCAUGCUUGCCGCCCCCAACGGCCCUCCACUCAGAAGAGUCUCGGCCGAGUGGAAGACAUCAUAGCAUCUUAGAAUAAGGCCCCUGUAGAAUUAGCAUAUGCAACACAGAGUCCAAUAGAAUUACCAUCUCUAGCCAUUAGGCACUUUGGAAUAUAAAUAGUGAGUGCUUCCCCAGCAAGGCAGCUGAAAAAAGUUUAAAACAGCCUCCAGAGAAAGGAGAGGCUGCCAGCUCAAGCGCUGACAGCACUGCCCGGGCCUGUUCCUGAAGCUGAGGCCGCGCGCCGGCAGUUCGCCUUCAAACUCGAGAUGCGUGUCCUCUGCUCUCCUCUCGGGCAGCGUAAAUCUCCCUUUUGUUCCCAGGUCAGUGCUGUCAGAGCUUGCAUCUGUCACAGCACCCAGGUCUGUCUCUUCCAGCUUUUUCUUGCAUUUUUUAAGACAUGUUUGCUAAUGGCUUUUUAAACUGGUUUCUUAAACUAAUAACAUUUAUUUUCUUUUUUGCGGGGGUUCUGUUUUGAGGAAAUGGUGUCUGAACUCGCCACUCGGGCAUUUGGUUCUGUCCCCACUGGCUUUGUUUUCUUGGUUAGCUUAAAACUCCCUUCUGUGUUGGAGGGGCUGUCUCUUUGGAUUGUGGAAGCCCAAGUUGGUAUCUUAAUGGUACAGAGGCCAGGUUUCUGCUCUUCUGUAAUUAGCCAUUGCCCUUAUUUCUCUGUACCUGAUGAAUUCUUCUGGAAAGGGGUUGAUAGAGAGACCCAGGUUCAGGGAAGGGAAUGCUGAACAGUUGUGCCAACUUGAAGAGGGCAUGCCGGCUUCUCACAUGCCCAGAUUCCAGUGCUCAACACGACAACACCUGCAGAGCCUGGCAUCAAAAUUAGGAUGUCCGAUUGUGACUUCGAUACAGAAAGUGGAAUGGACCGAGGCAGGAAUGUGACAGGAAUGUCCCUCUCUCAUUAAAAUAAGGCAUAUCCAGCAUCACCCUGUGAGGAAGGAAUCUGCAAAUUAAUAGCCAAAGACAACAUCCCUCUAGAUAAGCAAAACGGAUGUUACCUUGGACGUAGUGUGAAACCAAUCUCAAUGUGCUGAGGAGAUCUGUUCUCUUUCCCUGCCCCUCCCACUGGUCUGAAAAUAUUUCAGACAGUAAGAACCAUUUGCCUAACACUGUUUUUCUUUAAGACAUGCAUUGUGUAUCUGUGUGGUUGUGUUCCAAACAAAAUCCAUCCCAUAACCUCUCUUCACUUCUGAAUGCAGAAGAACCAAGAUUUUAAGAGCAAAAACAAGACUUCCAGGCAAGGCUCACUUCUAGUCAAUCCAUUUGAUUUUUAAAUGUGUAAAGAUAAAUUUCCAAACACUUAACACAUUCUGCUUCAUGACAAAAGUAAAUUUAUGGAUAUGGUAUUUUGUGAAUGAUCUUUUAAAUAAAGAAAACAUUAAGUAA